UUCUUUUUGACUUUUAAUUUCAAUUUCUAAUUAUUCUUUUCUGUUUUUUAAAUUUCUUAUUAAAUAAAUUAAAUUUUUUUUAAUUUUCUAUAUUUUGUUUAUAUAAAAACAACAUGUUUGCUAAAGCAACAUGAUAAUAAUUGAACAAAUUCAGUAUUUACUUGAAGGCUUUGUUAGAGGAUCAAUUGCUGUGAUUCUUGAUGGUUUUUUAAAUGUGUGCAAGGAAUUUUUUAAAUUCGCUUUAAUUCUUCUAAUCGUUUAUUAUUUUGCCAUUUGGUCAUUUCAAUUUCUAAACGAUGUUCUACAAGAAGAUCACGAUCAAAAUGAACUGAAUACAAAAACUGAUAUAGAAAAUCAUCAAGUUGUUGCUGAAACUUGCUUAAGAAUUGGUCCACCCGAUGAAAAUCUAAUAAAAAACCGAGCAAGCCUGUUAGAACAGCUAGAAAUUGAAGCAGAAUUCGAAGAAUAUCAAGAUAAACUAAUAAAAUCCGAAGCUGAUUUAGAACAAUUUGUUAAUAAAGAAAUUCAUAAAGUUCCCUUUAAAUCGAGGGACAGUGAUGAAAUUGUUCCCUUUACUAAUCAGUUUGUUUCACAAAUGAAACAGGAACUAAAUGAAACAAGUAGAGCUUCACAAACUCUUAAGACUAGUUUGGGUAAGAAGUCAAAAUUAAGGGAUCAUUCUGAAAACAGACCAUCAACAUCGAACAAAAGUAAUAAUGAUCAUAUAGAGGAGGACCUUCUUAAGAAGUUUGAGGCAAAUAAAGUCGCUGAAGUUAAAAAUGAAAUUCUAUCGGAUCGGUAUGACUCACCUAAUGAUGAAUCUAGAGCGGGAAAAACAAAGCGAUUCAGCAAAACCAAAGAGGAAAGACCCUCAUUUGAUGAUCAAUAUGAUCAUGAGAGUUUUCAUAGAGUUUGAGAUCCUGCAAGAAAAUUUAAUAAAAAUCACUUUCCAUAUAGUUUAAUAAACAAAAAAUUUAUUGUAA